GAAAGAAAGAAAUAAAAAAGAGACAUACAGACCGGCAUAUGCAGACAGAGAGUUGGGAGCUCGACAAAAGAGAAAAGGAAAGCGAAAGAAAGAAAGAGAGAGGGAGAGAAAAUUGUGGAACGUUCACCAUAUUUUACUCUUUUUUUAAUACCAAGUAUAAACAUAACAGGCGUCCCUGGGGCGGAUCAACUGGUGUGUGACGCUACCAGCAGCGCUAAUACUACAGUCCUCAUAUUCCUGGCGUGUGUACAUAUCCACAGGUUCUUACCGCUCAGUAAAUAGGGAGUUUAGAUCAGCACAAUGGCCACUCAAUAUCAAAAAUGUGAGACUCGUGAAGUGGUAGUCACCCAGCCAGGCGCGACGGUGGUGCACGUGACUAGCACGGUGACCAAUCCUCUGAUGCCACGUGGUAACCCACGUGACUGGCACACUGGAAUCUGCUCCUGCUUUGAGGACAUUCCAAUCUGUCUGCUGGGUGUGUUCCUUGGCCCAUGUCAUCAGUGCUGUAUCGCGUCUGAUAUGGGAGAGAACUGCUGCGUGCCUUGCUGCGUACCAAACUCACUCAUUACGAUGAGGACCCAGAUUAGAGGGCGCCAUAACAUUCAGGGUACGAUCCUCAGCGACUGUUGUCUGUCUACUUUCUUGGAGCCGUUUGCACAAUGUCAGCUCGCGCGGGAAGUGAAGGCCAUUAAGGGGGGAAAAGCACAGGCCUAAGACCACUAGCAACGAUCUAUGAGCUCUACAGCAGGUCACGAGCAAACGACAUCUUACAAUUCGCAGACAUUUACACUUUAAAUGUAGUUUACUUACACAAUACUAUUCCGAUGAUUCUAAUAUUUACAAUUGACUUUGAUUUUUUCUCCGUGUGUAUGGGCUAGGAAAAUUGUAAAUUUAUUUCAUUGUUAAGAUGUCGAAAUUCAAACACAGUCGACUGAUUUUCCAAUGCCAUUUUCAUUGUUAUUAUCAUACAUUCUACCAACCUAAUAAAAGUAACUAGAAUAUGGUUGGUUUGGUAGAAAUGGUGUUGUGACGUGCAUUUAGCAAUAGUAAAGCUAAAAUCGUUUCCAAGUCAAAUGCGAUGAGGAGCAAUGCGGAAUGGUACACUGAAAAAAAAAAAUUUGGUAAAAUUUUAACCAGCACGAGGGUAAUUAUGUAUCCAACCAAUUCGGGGCAGUAUUUAACCCAAUGCGGGGAAGCAUAUUGUCAAGUAAGGUACAAAAAAUAUAAGCAGCAAUUAUACUUUAGAGUGGGCACAAUUUUCAUCACACUGGAUAAAAAGAUAUGCCCAAAAGAAAUGCCCAAAGUUGGUUGCACACAAAAUUACCCUCAUGGAGCAUUUUUACCCAUUAUGUGUAGCUAAAAGGGAAUGAAACGAUAUUUGCAUUUAGAUGGACCUUUAAUAAUCAUUUUUUUAACUCAUUUUGUUCUACCAUGAUGUUUAACUGUAAUUAGGUAUGAAUGAUCAUUGGCGGCCAAAGCCAAAAAUUUUAUGGGAAGGACGCAGGAAACAAAAUUGACAAGCCAAAAAACAAAUUAAGAAAAAAAGGUUAUCAACCAAAAUUUCAGGGAGGGACUACCAAAACAUUUUGACAAGCAAAAAAAAAAAAAGAAAAAAAGUCAUCAACAACAAAUUUAGGGGGGACACGUCCCCCCGCUUCCGCCGCCUAUGUAAAUGAGAGCUUCUUGGUAGUACAAAUUUGAAUUAAACAUCAGCGAAGCAUUACCAAUCUAAAACAAAUCUAUAACUUUUCCCUUAAUUUCUGUGUAAGGGGUUUAAAGUGUCCCCAUUUAGCAUGUUUAGAUAUUAGAUUGAUAAGAAAGCUAUACCACAAAAUUUUGGACCAAAAACUUUCCCCUUUACAAGACGGUCCAAAGUGCAUGCGUUUAGAACGCGUCUUGGCUGAAACAAUUUCAGAAUCUGGGGAUAAAAGUUCCUCGACUGCUUUUCAAAAAAAAAAAAAAAAAAAAGGUUGCUUUAGAUUGACAACAAAAUCGACUCACCUAACAUGCCUAUAAGGAGUAUAUUCUUUCAAGAAUGGUUUAUACUUUUGAGAAAAACAUGCGGUGUUGCAAUGGAUAAAACCUUGUUAUUAGGAGAUAGAGAAAGUAUCAACAUGCAACAGUAAUGAGCAAAUAAAUAAUUUUAACACCUUUUUUACAGUGUAGCCUAUUCGUAGUCAGAUAGUGAGGUGUCGGAAAUGAUGCUCACCAGAAAGGUAAAUUCGAGCAAAGGCAGUAAAGAGCAUUUAAUAUUGUACAUUUUAAUACUCAGAUUCUGUGUGUGUCUAUGAUUCAAGGUUAUAUAAGAUAUUCAAUAAUUAUGAAUAUUUUAUAAUCGUAUUACUACACAUCAAGAUGUUUUUUUUUAAUUGGAAUUAUAUGGUGAAAUACUUAAUGAUGCAACCUUCCUAAUGAACAGGUUAUUAACUUGUUAAAAUUGUCGUUUAAUAAUCCAUUGUUUUCUUAAUACAUUCAUUUCUUCAUUAUAUUGUUAUAAUGUAGCAAUGAAUAGAUAGUCAUACAUUGUAAUUUAGUAAGUACUGGUCAUGCGGACAUGCCUUAUUUCUAAUUAUACAUAGGAAGCAAACAUUACCUUAGCACUCUCUCUAUAGUAAUUUCUUGUAACUUCUUGCCUUUUAUAAUGUUCUGAGUGUGUAUUCACAGUAAUUUGUACAAAAAUAUUGACAAUCUAUAUUUGUCACCUUGCUUAGCAUAUAAAGGGAUAGUAUAGGUAUACCUGUGUACUUACAAUAUGAAUAAGUAGUUAAAUGUCAUUUGUGCUUCAGAAAACGUUUUACAAAUUCGUAAAUAGAAUACAAUCCCUGGAUUUGGUAACUUGGUCCAUAUUCUGGAUGAAUAUAAAUGUAGAAGUUACUUGUUUCAAGAGGGGGGAGCUACUGGCCCCAACUCUGAAGUAGAACAUAUUUAUGGGAACAAUAAACCGAGGACCCCAACAACAAAGACUCAUUAAUUCAAAACAGUGGACUCAUCAAUAAAAUGGCGUAGUUAACCAUGGCAACAUGCGUCAAUUUGGCGCACUUUGACAAAAACGCGCAUUAGUAUUGGACAUUUUUGUAAUAUAUGCGGUAAAUAACCGUAAUUUAUAAAGGAAAUCUGCAUAAACCAUGGGUUCAACCGAUGGUUUUAAAAACUACCUUAGUGAAUUCGGGCCACAGCGUUAAGAUUUUUGACCCCUUGACUUCUGUGUGUAUAGGCCUAUAAAAUCACUCCAAAAGUUGCAAGGGGAUAUUUCGAAGAGAACACAAUUGCAGUGACCCUUUCCAGUGCCUUGUGUUGGGGAGAACCUCGAUGCAAGAAACCCCCUUCCAACAAAUCAUUCAACAGAAUCAAUUUUAUUACUAAAUUAUAAUUAUUGAGUAUUCAAUUUUAGGUAAAUACCUGUACAGGUAUGCACUUCGAAAAUAAAGACUAGACAGUAUCAGUA